GACGCGCGUUGUUUCCUGUGCGGCGCGUCUGGACUAAAGAUGGCCGGAGAUGGAGGCGCAUUGAAGGAUAUCAAUGAGAUUAAAUCUCAGUUCCGGACACGAGAGGGAUUUUACAAGCUGCUCACCCUCUCAGACUCUCAGCAGCGGGCCGGACUGCCGCGGGGACCUUCAGCGAGCGUCACGGUGGGACCCGGAGCGACCACGGGCUCCAUCCCGGGCGGCGGUGCUGGUGUCGGGCUGGUGCAGGGGCCCGGGUCCGCCGCCAACUCCUCCCCGGGUUUCUUGCCGCCGGUUCGGGUGUCGAUGGUGAAGCUGAAGCCGGAGGACCCGAGCGAGGAUUCGGAGCGCGUGUGUUUUAACAUCGGCAGGGAACUUUACUUCUACACCUACACAAACAUUAAAAAGGCUGUGGAUCUCAGUAAACCUAUAGACAAACGCAUCUAUAAAGGAACCCAGCCUACGUGUCAUGAUUUCAAUCAAUAUUCUGCUACAGCUGACAGCGUAGCUCUCAUCGUGGGCUUCUCCGCUGGACAGGUGCAAUAUCUGGAUCCCAUAAAGAAAGAGACCAGCAAGCUCUUCAAUGAGGAGAGGUUGAUAGACAAAUCAAAGGUUACAUGUCUGAAAUGGCUUCCGAAAUCUGAUAACCUUUUCCUGGCGUCUCAUGCCAGCGGUCAUCUCUACCUCUACAACGUGGAGCACCCAUGCGGCACCGCAGCUCCUCAGUACUGCCUGCUGCGCCAGGGCGAGGGUUUCGCCGUCUACUCCUGCAAAACCAAGACACCUCGCAAUCCUUUACUCCGCUGGGUGGUUGGCGAGGGCGGGCUGAACGAGUUCGCCUUCUCGCCAGAUGGUGUGCACGUCGCUUGCGUCGGUCAGGACGGCUGCCUCCGCGUCUUCCACUUCGACUCGAUGGAGCUGCAGGGCGUGAUGAAGAGCUAUUUCGGGGGCCUGCUGUGCGUCUCCUGGAGCCCGGAUGGCAAGUAUCUUGCCACUGGCGGGGAGGACGACCUGGUCACCGUGUGGUCGUUCGCUGAAAGUCGCGUGGUGGCGCGAGGUCACGGUCACAAGUCCUGGGUCAACGUCGUGGCUUUCGACCCCUUCACCACCAACCUGGAGGACGAGGAGCCGAUGGAGCUCAGCGGCAGCGAAGAGGACCUUCAGCAGGGGGCGCUGCACUUCGGUCGUGUGCGCACUAGCAGCACGCUGUCCCGUCUCUCACGGCACAGCUCGAAAGGUGGUGCGUCGUCCGUGUCGUACCGAUUUGGAUCCGUCGGGCAGGACACGCAGUUCUGUUUGUGGGACCUGACGGACGACGUCCUCUACCCACGGCUGCCUCUCUCCCGUGCACUCACCAACACCUUCGGCCCCACGCUCCCAACGUCUGGCUCCGCUGCUCUCAACAGCGCCGGCAGUGGAGUGGAAGGUCACCACCACCCCUCCAACCCCCACCAGGCGUCCACGCUACCCCUGCCGCUGCCUCGCUCGCUGUCUCGCUCCAACUCGCUGCCGCACCCUGCCGUCGCCAACGCGUCCAAGAGCCAGGGGUCGACGGAGGGUGGGGGAACGGUGGGAGGCGGCGCAGGCGGAAGUGCCCCGUUCAGCAUCGGCCGCUUCGCAACGCUGUCCCUGCAGGAGCGCAAAUCGGACAAAUCAGGGGCGGGAGGGGAAAAGGAGCACAAGCGCUACCACAGCCUGGGCAACAUCAGCAAGAGCAACGACAAGAUCAACGUCGCCCCGCGCAGCAACCGACUGGACGGCGCUAAGGUUUUGGGCACCACGCUGUGUCCUCGUAUGAAUGAGGUGCCUCUGCUGGAGCCGCUGGUUUGUAAGAAAAUCGCCCACGAGCGUCUCACCGUACUCGUCUUCAUGAACGACUGCAUCAUCACCGCGUGUCAAGAAGGACUCAUCUGCACCUGGGCACGACCUGGCAAAGCGCAUCCGCCUCAACCGCUGUCGGCACAGAACGGGAGCUCGCCGAGCGGGACGGUGGUAUAACCCAACCAGACUCACAGUGUUAUCAACCUCCACCAAACCAGCCCUGUUUAGAUCAGCAAAUCAACGUCACCGCACGCACACGCCGUGAACACAAACCUGAACUCUGAUGCUCGACAGAGACUUCUGCACGCCGGUCCUGAGAUCUCAUCUCUCUGAUCUUUGCUACAGGCACGGCCGUUGUGUUUUUAAUUUAUUUAUUCCAUCAUUCAGAUGAUUUAUAUUGUAUAUAUUUAGACUACUCUAUAAUGGAGGAGGACAAGGUGUAUUGAAGUAUUGAACUGAAAUGAUUAAUAUAUAAAAGUCUGCAUUGUAAAUAGUGACAUAUGCAUUAAAUGUGUGCAGGAUUUUGAUGGCUUUGUGAUGUAAAGUUCAUCUUUUGCAUUGGACUUUGAGUUACACAAAGCUCAAUUGGUAGAAAGUUCAUGUUUUAUAAAUAUGUUUUAGUGAGGUGAACAGCUGAAUGUUUUUAGUGUGAGCUCCAUCAUUUGUUUUGUUUAUGUCAGAUUUUAUCACAGUAGUGAAGUAAACACAUAACUCUUGUAGCAACGCCUGCUGUUGCCUCUUGCGACAUUUUGCACAUUUUCAGAUUGAUUUGAUGAUCACUGUGCUUUCUGAAGAUUUCUUCAUAUAUUCGUGCUGUCUUAUGUUGUUAAUUUUUUUUUAAAGAUAUCAAACAUUAACCAUGCAAGCAUUAUGCAGAUGAAUAUUAUUAGCAUCUUCAAUGCUCGUGUAAAUAACACUGUAAAUGGAUAUCAGACAUACUGUCAGCUGUGAGGUGUCUUUUAUAUCAGUUUGCCGCCCUGAUGUCUUCACGUAUUCAUUGUAAAUUCAUUGUAAACUAACGCUUGAAGGACAAAUCAUCUUCUAAUGUAAAUCCACCUGCUGCAUUAAAGUAAUGUACAGGUGAGCAAGCAUAAACAUUCAUGCCUGUAUUAUAAUACAUAAUACUGCUUUUACACUCAAUAUCCUCCUGUAGUAAAUAAACUCAGCUAUUUAACACAUUCACACCAUCAUUAUGGUCAACACCUCGCUCUUUUCCUUUAAACGUGUGUGUAUUCAUUUGUUUUUAUUUCAGACUAUAACAAUGUCAUUCAUCUUUGUUGUUAACUGAAUAAAUGUUGUGGACCAAUGGAUGUUGAACUUUCUUAUGUGCGCUUUUCUAAAAUACUGCUCACAGUUCAUUUUAGGUUUUUUAAAGUGCUAAAGCAUCAUUUCUGUUUGUAAUAUGAGUAUGUCAUCAUAUGAUGGUAUAUAACACAAGGGAACACAUUUAUGAACUACAGUAUAUCUACAGUAAACAUUCAGCUUUAUUCACAUUGACUUUCUGUACAGUGAUAAAGAGAUUCAAUUUCACCGCAUGUCUUUGUUUUUUUGGCUGACAAUAUCACAAUAACCAGUUUGUAUAUGGAAAUCUGUUAUUAAAACAUCAAAUACUCC